UGGUAUUUAAUGUUACUGUGUUAAAUUUUCCAUAAUUAUAUUGGUGCCGAAUUAUGCUGGGGGUGGAAAUGAAUCGAUACUUUCCAAACGUAAAGUUGUGACUUGUAUAUUGUACCCGAAAGGUGGGGGCGAGUUUAAAUGUCCACGUUGUUAAUGGAGCGCGCCAGUGGGAGGCAGGGAGGGAGGAGGGGAUAGGCUGUAGUCGUCUCAUCCGUCCCCCAGGAGGCUCUGCUUCCCCGGCCCCCUUUGUUCCGUCUCGCCGGUGUGGGUUGAGUCAGUCACGGGGAGGCUGCGCUAAACCCCCCAACCAAAAAAAAAUAAAGAAAUAACAACAACAACAACAAAACACUACGGAGAGAACCGACAAGAGAGGGGGCGAGGGGGAGAAAGAGCCCCGGAAGGAAGUCACGGGUAGACGGGUGUCGCCUUUUGGGGAAGAUAGGAAGAAAGAAAAGUUGCUUCUGAUGCGUUCGGGGUGGCAGGGGGUGGGGGAAAAGUCGAACAGACGGUUUGCGGGCUGCUGUAAAGACACCUCUGGGAGAUUAAGGGCGCUUUUCGUUUUAGGGAAGCUAAGUGCUAGCCGGGCGGACGGAUCCACGCGGCUGACUCUCCCUUUCUGCUACCCAAGCAUCCAUAUUUGCAUCCCCGCCAGCCCAGGGAGUGGCAUCCUCCCUUUUCCCUGUGAGGAAUAUUCCAAGUGGCUGCCCUUGAUAUCUGGACCCGCGUGACGAAAUCUGUAAAACAUGGAGAGAGACGGUCACCCCCUCCUGGUUUAGUGCCUUCACCCCCGUCUUUUUAAACCAUGAACAUGCUCAAGUCCAGCGGGCUGAAGAUUCCCGGGCGCGGGCCCAAACAUUCCAGCCCGAUGGGAAGGAGUGGAACGUCAAGCUCCCCCGUGCCCCCUAAAGACAAUACUCCAGUCAAGCCCAGCACGCCGCCCAAAGCGUCCGAGGAAGGCGACGAGGUGGCGGGCGACUACACGGUGGGAGAGCAGGUGUGGGUGAACGGCGUGAAACCCGGGGUCAUCGCCUACCUCGGGGAGACCCAGUUCGCCCCGGGCCAGUGGGCCGGAGUCAUCCUCAACGACCUCCUGGGCAAGAACGACGGCUCGGUGGGCGGAAUCCGGUACUUCGAGUGCCAGCCCCUGCAGGGCAUCUUCACGCGGCCCUCCAAGCUCACCCGCCAGCCGGUGGCCGAGGGCAGCGACAGCCUCUCCACAGAGUCGCUCUGUGCCCACAAUCAGACCCUGCAAGGCGGCGGCGGUGCGGGCUGCCCGGUCGGGCAACGGGCGGCGGUGCCGCUCCGAGACGGCUUGCUCAACAGCGCCAUCAAGACGGGAAAUGAGUCCGGGUCCAACAUGUCUGACAGCGGAUCUGUGAAAAAAGGUGGCGACAAGGACCUAAAGGCUGGGGAUCGGGUUUUGGUGGGAGGCUCCAAGAUGGGUGUGAUCCGUUACAUGGGGGAGACGGACUUCGCCAAGGGGGAGUGGUGCGGUGUGGAGCUAGACGAGCCUCUCGGGAAGAACGAUGGCGCUGUGGCUGGUACAAGAUAUUUCCAGUGUCUUCCCAAGUUCGGGCUGUUCGCUCCCAUCCACAAGGUGAUCCGCAUCGGCUUCCCGUCCACCAGCCCGGCCAAAGCCAAGAAAACUAAGCGCAUGGCCAUGGGCGUGUCGUCGCUGGCCCACAGCCCCAGCAGCUCGUCCAUCAGCUCCGUCAGCUCGGUGGCCUCGUCGGUGGGCGGACGACCGAGUCGCGCCGGACUGCUGACGGAGACGUCGUCGCGCUACGCCCGUAAGAUCUCCGGCACCACCGCCCUGCAAGAGGCGCUGAAGGAGAAGCAGCAGCACAUCGAGCAGCUGCUUGCCGAGCGCGACCUGGAGCGCGCCGACAUGGCCAAGGCCACCAGCCGCAUCUGCGAGGUGGAGAAGGAGCUCAGCACCCUCAAGUCGCAGCACUUGCAGUACGUGUCGGAGAACGAGGGCGCCCUGCAGCAAGUCACAGCCGCCUUGGCCGGCGUGCAAAAAGCGAAGGUGGAGCUAGCCAAUCAGCUGGAGGAAGAGAAAAGGAAAGUGGAGGACCUCCAGUUCAGAGUGGAAGAGGAGUCCAUCACCAAAGGAGACCUGGAGGGAAGAUGCAAACAUGACUCAGCAUCCUUGGGGUUGGGUAAGAGGACAAAGCAAACCACGGUGGAAGAGCAGAGUCGCAUCAUGCAGCUGGAGGAGGAGCUCAGCCGAACCAGGGCCGAGAUGAAGACCCUCAGGCUUCAGCUGCCGGAGCUCGACGCGGCCACCCAGGAGCUGGGCAUCGCCGCCGCUCAGGCGUUCGACUCCGAGUCAACGACGCCGGCGCUGGUGGCGAGCCGACAUGAGGCGGAGGAGCUGAAAUCGCUGGUGGAGAAGCAGAACCAGGAGAUCGCUGAGCUGAAGCUGAAGGUCCAGCAAGCCACCAAGGAGAACAUGGACAUGAUGGAUGCCUGGAAGGCGAAAUUUGACUCUUUAGUGAGCGACCACCAGCAGUCCCUGGAGGAGCUGAAGGCCUCGUUCUCCGGCAACCAGUUAACGCCUGAGGGCCAAGAGCCGGGCGUCCAGGAGCUGCGGGCCCCCCUAGAGAGCCUGAAGAUGGAGCACCAGCUUGAGGUGGAGAACCUCAAGGCCAAGUACAAGAUCGAAGCCGCCAUCCUCACCAAGGAACGCGAGGACCUCUGCGCUCGCCUCCAGGAGGCCAAGGAACACACCGGUAGGGAGGUCUUGGAGGACACCGCCGACAAACUGCAGAGGGCCGAGAAGGGGCUGGUGGAGAUGGAAGCGCUUCAACGGGAGCGCGACAGAAGCGCCCAGGAGCUGACGGAACGACUGGAGCUGUCCGAGAGGAAGGUGUCCGACUACCGGGCCUUGCAGGAGGUCAACCAGGAGGAGGUACAGAAGCUGCAGGAGAAGCUGAGAGUGACGGCCAAUCAGCUGCAGGCCAUCCAGUCUGACCGCGACGCAAACGUGAUCGAAGAUAACCACCUAUCAGACGAGAAGGGGAAGCUAAAGCAGAACAUUGAAGAAACCAUGGAGAAGCUGCUAAAAAGGGAAAAAGAGGUUUCAACCCUCACCUCCCAAGUUGAAGCCCUCAAAUCUCAAAUCGGAGUUCUGGAGGGCAAAAUUCGUACAGUGGAAAGGAAGGCCGAAUCCCUAGCCCGGGAGAAGGCGCGCAUGGAAGCGGAGCUUGAAUCCAUGUCCAGAAAGUCCCAUGAUGCCUCUGGGCAGCUGCUUAGCAUCAGCCAGGAACUGCUGAAGAAAGAGAGAAACCUGAAUGAGUUGAGGGUUUUGCUCUUGGAGUCACGUCGCCACUCUCGUGAGAUGGACAAAGACCUCAACCGCGAGUUCCGCAAGGCCGAGUGGAAAGUGAAGGAGCAAAAACUGCAGGACGAUAUCAAGACGCUGCGUGACAAACUCCUCAUGCUGGGCCGCGAGAGGUUCUCCCCGGACCACCGCCGUCACUCCAUGCUAGACCCCUCGGCUCUGGACUCUGAGGUGACACGCCUUCGUCAGCAGCUACUCAGCACUGAGGACGCCCUGAGGACGGCCCUGGAGCACAACCAGCAGGUGGACCAGCUGGUGCAGGCCAUGGGCAAGCAUCCAGAGAAAAACCUGAUGCACGGAGCCCACAAGUCAGCCAACGGAAUUCACCAUCAGGAGCCUGACAGCACUCAAGAUGAACAGCACUGAUACGAGCUGAGGAAGCGUCAACUGGGACUCGCAGAAGAACGUCCGAUUCUGCGGCGGACAUCUAAAGUUGAUACCGAAUCACGCAUGGUCGCUGAAAAAGCACCUAUUAGCCAGUUGCAAGGACCAAGUACUGUAAAUGAAACGUCUCGUGGAAUUCUUGAGAGAAAUUACCCCCCUGCGACUUUCUUUGUUUUACAGUACUGUAGAAGGAAUGCCUCGAGUCCAAGAACUUACCACUGGGACACCUUUUUUUUUUGUUCUUUUAUUUAUUAAUUUACCAAGUGACUCAAAGAGAUAAUAAAAAGAUUCCCUCAUGGUUUAAGGGAUUGGUCGCCAUGCGAAAGGAUUGGUGCACAGACUGUAAAAUCAUCCUCAUCAUCAUCAUUAACGAGUAUUAUUGGGCGGACAUUAAAGCGAUACUCCAAAUUAAACUUGUUCGAAACUUUGCUGGGCCUGGGAUUAAAAUCUGGGAGCAAAUUUAUUUAUUUAUUUUUUUUACACAAAAAGAGGCCAUAAAGUAAGUGCUACAUGUCUUACCUCAGCUACCCUACCAGAAAUUUCAGUGGUCACAUUAGCCUCACAGGAUAAACCGUGAGCUAAUUUAUCGCAGUGACAAAAUGUGUCCAAGGUACACAAAAACUCUGUAGCAUCUCCAUUUUCCACGAUGACUCACCAGGCUAAAACUGUUUAGCCUUGAGUGUUUUAACUGAUCCUUGUGAAUAAUCAUUGGAAUAACAAUAAUGUUCAGAUUUUCCAUUAGUGACCAAUUCUAGUGGAGUCUAAUGUCUAAAGAACUGAGCAAGGGAUGAAUGUCUUUGGUUCUGUCUUGUACAACUCUGACUCUGAGUCCAUUUUUUUUGCCCGAAGGUAGAGUCUACACGAUGGCGCUCCGGAGGCAACUGGUUCCAGAUUCAGAAAGACACCAACGUUUGGUUCCCUUGAUUGGACUCACUAAUGUCUCGGUUCAUACAGGGGACAAAAAACGUACUAGGUAUGUCCAUAUCUGUUAUUGGACACCAACGUAACUGGUUGCACCUGUUCCAGAUCCAGAAAGACACCUAGGUAUGGUUCCCGAUCUGUCCCUCAAACAUACGGGUAAACCUAAGUAUUGAAAACCAAGGUUAACUGGUUGCAUCUGUUCCAGAUCCAGAAAAAGGUUAAAGUAUAAUUUCCAUGAUUGGUCUCCAAACGACACAGUUCAUACAGGAACCCAAAAAGUAUUGGGUAUGUGUGGAUCUCUCUCCCAAAACAAAAGGCUGAUUAUUGUAUUGUACACUAAGGUAACUGUCAUCUGAUCCCGAAAGACAUCAAGAUACACUUCCUGUGAUUGGACUCCCAAUGUCACAGUUCAUACAGAAGCCAAAAAAAAGUACUCUAUAUGGUCCCGAGAUGUAAAAAGACCAACUGUCAAGGAAGAGUUCUGUCUGUCUGAGUUCUGCUUGUCAAAGUCACUAUCCCCAAUCUACACUAGGGUACCUCAUUAAUGCUGUUAUUUGUACUCCAAUGUAGCUAAAGUCCAGAAAGUACCAUGUAUGGUCACAGUGGCAAGCUAUUGUACCUACCCUUAUCAAGACGGCACAGACCCAAGUUGUCAAGGCUACAAAAGAGGUGACCACCUCAGUGACAAAAAGUUUUACCCAUACACUGUAGGGCUACUGUCUGUCCCUGUUCCAGGGCCAAAAAGUACCAGGUAAUUAUGUUCCACAAUCUGUAAAAGUAUGUAGGGUAUCAAAGAAGGUACCACCCCAGUGACAAGCUUCCCUUUAAAUCACUAAUGUACACCAUAGGGCUACUGUCUGUACCUCUUCCAGGGCCAAAAAAGUACCAGGCAAUCAUGUUCCCCAAUCUGUAAAGGUAUGUAGGGUACCACCCCAGUGACAAGCUAUUGUACCCCUUAAAUUACUCUAAUGUACACCACAGGGCUACUGUCUGUACCUGUUCUAGGGGCAAAAAAAAGUACUGUGUGUUUUGCAAUCUGUAAAACUGAAGUGUUAAAGGUGUAAAACUAGGUACCACUAAAGUGACAAGACAUUGUGCCUUUUCAUGAACACUGUAGGGCUACUGUCUGUACUUGUUCCAGAGCCCCAAAAGUAGUGCCAGGUAUGUCUACAAGAUGUAAAAGUCAAGUGUCAACGGUACCACCCAAGUGACAGGCAAUUGUACUCCUUAAGGUACACGGACAAACACCAAUUGUUAAGAUUCUGAGGUACUGUCUGUACCUUUUCCAGCGCCAAAUUUCAUGAAUCAAACUGGGUAUGUUCCCAAUCUGUAAAAGUCAAGGGGUACCCAAACCAGAACACUUGAGGGUACCACCCCAGUGACAAGACAUUGUACCUAUUCUGUGGUAUACACUAAUGUAUACCACAGAGCCACUGUUUGUACCUGUUCCAAGGCCCCAAAACACCAGAUAUCUUCCAAAAUCUGUCAAAGGGUCCAAUUGCAAGACUCUUAAAACUACACCCCCCCCCCCCCCCAGUGACAAACACUGUACCUCUCAAAGGUCUAAAAGUACUUUUCUCUGAUAGUGCAAGAGCAAGAACACAAUGACUGGUGUUUCUCGAGCUAAAACCUCCCAACAUCCAAGGUCUUCCAUCUGUUGUCAACUAUUUCCUGUUUUUUAUGUUGGCAAUCAAUGGCAAAAGAAGAUAUCCACCCUUGUCCUGUAACAGGAACACUCAUUAUCGGGAUUACUGCCGCAAUGCUUUCCGAGACUGACUCAUUAAACAUU